AUGCCUGGUAGUGAAGCCGGAGCAUUGCCUUAUAGUGAAAUCAGAGCACUGCCUAGUAGUGAAAUCAGAGCACAGCCUGGUAGUGAAAGCAGAGCACUGCCUAGUAGUGACAGCAGAGCAGGGCCUGGUAGUGAAAGCAGAGCACUGCCUGGUAGUGAAAACAGGCCUUUGCCUGGUAGUGAGAGCAGAGCACUGCCUGGUAGUGAAAGCAGAGCACUGCCUGGUAGUGAAAACAGAGCACUGCCUGGUAGUGAAAGCAGCCCACUGCCUGGUAGUGAAAACAGAGCACUGCCUGGUAGUGAAAGCAGCCCACUGCCUGGUAGUGAAAGCAACCCACUGCCUGGUAGUGAAAGCAGAGCACUGCCUGGUAGUGAAAGCAGGCCACUGCCUGGUAGUGACAGUAGUACAGUAGUACCAGGCAGUGCCCUAACUAAGGAGACACCACGUGUGGUACAUGUGCUUCAGUGUGGGGCAGGAGCAAGCUCAACGUGGUCACCCAGCCAACUACUCUCAGAGACCGACGUUGCUUAA